GCUUUCGCAUGCUUUUGAGUGUUAUCGUUAAAUGUUAGCUGCUCUGUUUCAUACGUAAUUGUUUACAUCUUUAUGGUGAGAAAGUGUUCAAGAUUCCUUUCGUGGUUCUAUCCUGGAAACGAAGUUGUUUGUUUCUUCUUCCAGUUUAUUCUUACAGACAGUCUUUUCCCUACAAUGGCAGCUCAGACUCAUGAAUUCUUCGUGGAUAUGACGUGCGAAGGAUGCUCGGGUGCGGUGACGAGAAUCCUGGACAAGCAAAAAGGAAACGGUGUAAACAGCUUCCAGAUUGACUUGCCAAACAAAAAAGUGUUCAUCGAUUCCAGUCUGACCCCGGAUGAGCUUUUGGCCACUUUGCAAAAAUCAAAAAAAGAAGUGAAAUAUGUUGGUCUUAAAUAAUGCAUAAUAUGAUCUUCAGUUUUUUAUCAUGAUUCACUCGCCCAGUGCACAUUCUUUUUAUACGAUUACACGUUUAUAAUCACAAGGCUUCGAUUUAAAGUUAGGAUUGCUCGGGUUCAAUUGUUGUAAACUCUUUUGCUUUCGAGCUUAUUAUAUAAAUGAUGCUUCACGA